CUCUCAGCCUUUAAAUAGAAUCGUUCCCAGCCCGAACCCUUCAUCCCAUUGUUCUCUCUCUCGUACCUUCUCUCAGAUAUAUCCUGUUUCGAUCGAAGCCCUUUCUCUCUCUCAAGAUGCAAAUCUUCGUGAAAACCCUAACCGGCAAGACCAUCACCCUCGAGGUGGAAAGCUCCGAUACCAUUGACAACGUCAAAGCCAAAAUCCAGGACAAGGAGGGCAUUCCCCCAGACCAGCAACGGCUCAUCUUUGCCGGAAAACAACUCGAGGACGGCCGCACCCUUGCGGAUUACAACAUCCAAAAGGAAUCCACCCUCCAUUUGGUCCUCCGUCUCAGAGGCGGCAUGCAAAUCUUCGUAAAGACCUUGACCGGCAAGACCAUCACUCUUGAGGUGGAAAGCUCUGAUACGAUUGAUAAUGUUAAGGCAAAGAUCCAAGACAAGGAAGGAAUUCCCCCGGACCAGCAGAGGCUUAUCUUUGCUGGAAAGCAACUCGAGGAUGGUCGCACCCUUGCUGAUUACAACAUCCAAAAGGAAUCCACCCUCCACUUGGUUCUCCGUCUUAGGGGUGGGAUGCAAAUAUUCGUUAAGACGUUGACAGGGAAGACCAUAACCCUGGAGGUGGAGAGUUCGGAUACCAUUGACAAUGUGAAGGCGAAGAUUCAAGACAAGGAGGGAAUUCCCCCAGACCAGCAGAGGCUUAUCUUUGCAGGGAAACAGUUGGAGGAUGGAAGGACCUUAGCUGAUUACAAUAUCCAAAAGGAAUCAACCCUUCACUUGGUUCUCCGUUUAAGGGGUGGGAUGCAAAUCUUUGUUAAAACCUUGACUGGAAAGACCAUUACCUUGGAGGUGGAGAGUUCUGACACAAUUGAUAAUGUCAAGGCAAAAAUUCAGGACAAGGAGGGUAUCCCACCGGACCAGCAGAGGUUGAUCUUUGCUGGGAAGCAAUUGGAGGAUGGAAGGACCCUAGCUGAUUACAACAUUCAGAAGGAGUCGACCCUUCACUUGGUGCUUCGUCUUCGCGGUGGGAUGCAGAUUUUUGUGAAGACCUUGACGGGCAAGACUAUCACCUUGGAAGUGGAGAGUUCUGAUACAAUUGAUAAUGUCAAGGCCAAGAUCCAGGAUAAGGAGGGUAUUCCACCAGAUCAGCAGAGGUUGAUCUUCGCAGGGAAGCAGCUGGAGGACGGGAGGACUCUUGCUGACUACAAUAUCCAGAAGGAGUCCACUCUGCAUCUUGUCCUGCGCCUCCGAGGUGGUUUCUGAGCAAUUGGUGAUGUGGUCUUUGUGGUUCUAGUGGUUGGUUCGAAGUCUGUGUGGUGGUGGUUUUUGUUGGUCUGGGCCAUGUGUAGUGGCUUUUUAGAACUGUUAAAUCUUUUAGUUUCUGCGUGAUUGGAUGGAUGUGUUCUUUGGUUUGGUGGGUUUGAGCCAUUGUUCUGUGGCUUUUGAAAACUAUCUUUUGGUUUUUCCGUUGAAAGUUUAUGUGUGUGAUCUGAAGCAGACUCUGGCAUGUGUGGUCAAUGUUCAAUUCCAUAAUAAACGUAGUUUAGGUUUUAUGUGAAAA